AUGAUACACCCCUUUUUCCCCCACCCCACACCUCUACUUCCAAUCUCCUCCUCCUUUUAUUCCUUGACCUUGUUCCUCACCCCUAUCUUCCGCUGCCAUCUUAAACCUCCCCUUUGCCCUUUCUCUCCCUCUCCCACAGGUGAGAUGGAGGAGCUGGAGGCCCAGUGGCUGACGGGGAUCUGCCACAAUGAGAAGAACGAGGUGAUGUCCAGCCAGUUGGAUGUGGACAACAUGGCGGGUGUUUUCUACAUGCUGGCCACAGCCAUGGGCCUCGCCAUCCUCACCUUCAUCUCUGAGCACCUUUUUUACUGGAGGCUGCGGUACUGCUUCACCGGCGUCUGCUCCGGAAGGCCGGGUCUGCUCUUCACUAUCAGCAGGGGUAUAUGGAGCUGUAUCCACGGCGUUCAUAUCGACAUGAAGAAGAAGGCCCCCGAACUGGGCUUCAGUCCUCAAGCCAACAUGCUGCACCUGCUCAAGUCGGCCAAGUCCAUGGCUCUGUCUUCUCCCAAACGCAACACGGUUCUCUUGCAGCCCAGCAUCCUGGAUAUGAUGUCAGGGAAAGGUAACUCACUCCAUAGUCUGCCUCCGAAGGGUCCUGGUCUCUAUAGCAACGCCGCCGGUCCACAGGGUUUCCUGUCAUUGUCCGGGCGACACAAAAACCUCCUUAACAAUGCUGCACCAUUUCCUGUGCAACAGAAAGCCCCUGCUCUCCAGACCAGCCCCAACAAGCCUCAGCUGUCAAUCGACACCGACACCAACGGUAAGGCCCGCCCUCCCGGGCCGGCCUGCGCCGCGUCGAAGCCUCGAGCACUGUGGAAGAAAAGUGUGGAGACGCUGAAGACGCAGCCCACUGUUGUGUCCCCUGGGUCCGGCUCAAGCCCAACCCCGGCCGCUGGAGCCGGGCCGCCGCCCAUGAAGAGCCAGCGCUACCUUCCUGAAGAGCCGCCGCACUCGGACAUCUCUGAGUGCUCCAGCCGGCCGCAGUCGCACAAAGAUUCUGACUCCAUGGCGGCGAGGGGCGGAUUUAAACCUGUCAAUCAGCUGAGGAAGAGGGGUGGGGGAGGAGGAGGCGGGGGCGGAGGAUCCAAGAUCUACUCCAUUGACUCUGACCAGGGCAGCCUCCAGUCAGCUCCCCCCUACCAGCGAGACAGCCAGGGGGGAAGCGACGACCACAGUUACCCCCCUGACCUGUUUCCACCUGACAACACAUACUCAGUCACUCACACACACUCCCACCAGGCGGACGCACCGAUUUUGCAGCUGAGCGCCAGCCUGCUGCAUCACAGUCACAGCGCUGAGGCCGACCUGCACUCCCUGAAGGACAAGAAAUACAGCACCUACACACACAGCAGUGUCAAGGACAAGUCUGGAGGUUCGUUCGAUGCUCCCGGUGCAGGUACGGGGACACAAGGCAUCAGGCCCGGUCACUGUCGCUCCUGCCUGACCAAGCUGAGCGGUUACUCCGGCCUUUACACCGUCCGCUCGCCACAGGCUCGCUGUGACGCCUGCGCCCACUUAGGAAACCUGUACGACAUCAGCGAAGACCACUUCCACUCGCACUACUCCCACACACAAACUCACCCACACAGCGGGGACAUGUUUACACACUUCCUUCCCCAGAGCGAGCUGGGCCUGGUGGGAGAAGGGGACGGGCUCGUCAGCCACUUCGAGCCCUCUCCGCCCUCUCCAUCUCCUCUCCCCACCUCCGCGUCGGCCCAGCACCUCCAGCUGAGUCGUCAGCACUCCUAUGAGAACAUGAUUCCAGACAGCGUUCCGGAGCGUCAGUCGCAGGCGCACGCCCACCUGCGGGGGCUGAGCCUGCCUGACAGAGAUAGGGAGCGGGAGCUGAUGCUGGACGAGGGGGCCUAUGCCAAUGUUCUCACAAUGCGCUCUGAUCGACCGUUUAGCAGCCGCAGCCCCCCCUCUCCGUCACCCUCCCACCACCACAGUCUGGACGCUCCGAUGCCCCUGCCCCGGCGCUCGAAGAGUCUCUUCCCCGAUCGGCCGUCUCACAACCCUUUCCUCCAGUCGGCCCCCGGCACGACACAGCGAGAGCCCGCCCCCCAGGCUGUCACACGCAUGCCGCAGAGAAAUUCUGCCCACGAGCUCUACAAGCAACGAAUGCCGCUGUCGCUUACCCUCGGUAACCAUGGCAGCCAUCACGUCAACCAGCAUGGCGGCCAUGUUGACCAACAAGUGUUCUACCCCCAGCAGGAGCCCCCUGUGGUGGCGUACAUGGUCCCGCCUGCUGCCUCUCAGCCAAUGAGCUAUGUGACAGCACCGCGAGCCUCCAGCGCAGGCGGCAACCGGCCCCGGCUCUAUCGCCGCAUGCCCAGCAUCGAGUCGGACGUCUGAGAGUCACACACAGCACACUUACUCUCACCAACACACACGCAUGCAAGACAGAGGUGUGUGUGUGUGUGUGUGUGUGUGAUAGGACCGGGCAGCUCUGAUUCUAAGCACAUACACAGAAACACACACGCAGACACACACACACACAGGUGAAAGACGGGAGGUUCUGUGCCGGACUGAAAGGUUAAUGGUGAUGCUGAGUAAAUAAAUUAUUGUUUCUUUAUCGCACCCUAUACGGCAGGGUUGGGUCCACAGGGACACCUGGAGGCACAAUACAAGAUGAAGCAUGCGUGUGUGAGUGUCAGUGUGUGUAGUAGCCUCAAGCUGUGGGCAACGAGGCAAAAACUGACAGUACGUCUGACAAGACAGAUUCAAAUCCUGGUGGAAUAAGAGAGACGCUGUGCACGGAGUCCAACAGCUACAGUGGGAUGCGAUGGAGGAUGCGACGGAGUGUUUUGGAUGAAGAGCCGACCCGUCCCGCCCUCUCACCAGCCUCUUGGAGAUGAUAGGGACACAGUGAACCCCUUUGUUUCUGAGAACACACACACAUUUCACCCAAACACACACCCGCCCCCCUCUCCAGGACUCUCCUGUUGCACUAUGAUUUCCACAGUCAACCCGUAUGUUGUCUGAGCCUCCAAACUGCACUGCCGGCAUGGCUUACAGAGUAGUUACCUACACUAGAGUAAUCCUCGACUUGAAUGGAAAUUACUAUCUAUGUAAUAGACUAGGCUGGUGAAGCGGGCAGCUGGUCCGGACACAGGUCCGAGUGUGUCAGCUCCUGCCCGCAGAUGUAUAAACACUGGAACACACACACACUGUGUCUGUUUUUUUGGGGAAGUUAAAAAAAAAAAACGAAACAAAAAAAACAACAACCAACGACUGUUUGUUUUUGUUGAUGUCAGUUAAAGGAACAUUCCAAAAAGUGGACCAAAAGUGGCCGCCAGUAAACGCCUCUCAGGAUGAGAGUGUGUGUUCUAGUGUUUCUAGAUCUAGACAUUCAGUAUAGCAUCGUUGCUUCCUCUCUUAGCUAGCCUUCAGGUCAUACUGCAUGCUUCCUACUGCCCUGUGUUACAGUUAAACUCCUAUACAGGGUCAUAUGUGCACACACACACACUCACAAACACACACAUACAGUAUAUAUGCACACACACGCACAUGCACAUACGCAGUAGUCUAAGAUAGUAGUUUAGGGUGGGUGUGUGUGUGUUGAGGCUAUGAGAUAGCUUCUAUUUGUGCACUUUGUAGAUUUUAUACCCUGCCACCUAACACAGACGUUUGACCAAAAACACUUUUAUACUGGAAGAUAUGAAUAUUCUCAGUCAUUCGCUCAAUAGAUGUUUUUUUCUUUUCUCUUAUUUCUCUUGGACGUUGGGUUUUAGGGCACAGCUCUGUCCGUUUCCAUUGUGAGGUCAGAAGUUUUACAGUGUUAGAUAAAGGGUACAGCAUCAUACAGUAUACACGACACAGACUCUUAAUCUUUCUCCUCUUUUUAAAACCUUUCCUGUGCUCAUCCGUCGUUCUAGCCUCUCCUUCCUUCGUCUGUUUUUUUUUUUUUCCCUAUCUACUCCUUUGUCUUUUGGCUCCUCCCCUGCUUCUUUCUAUAGAGUAGAUUGAGUAUCAGAAGAGUAAAAGUUCAGUCGUGGUGUUUAAAUACUCAACAUAUUGUUGGAAAUCACUUAAUAUCACUAGUUGUAAGAAUUCCUCAGAUUCAACAGCGGCUGUCGUAGGAUACAGAACUUUUUUACUAAUUACUUUCUAUGUCGAACGAGGAGAGAGAAAAAAAAUAACAGAGGCCCAUUUUAAUGUUUCUGUAAUGAAUCUAGAGGCUGAGUGCAUCACUGUUACAGUUUCACUCGUCAAAUUAAUAUUCCUAGACAAGUGACAGAGUAGCUGAUACUUGUGUGGUGCUGAGUUUCAGCAGAGCGAGUCACGUGGCAUCGCAGAGAGUUAGAGAAGUGACUCCUUACAGAGGCAACACGCUCACACAUAUUAUAUAUACACACACACAGACACAGACACACACACACUCGACAAGCUGGCAAUGUGUGUAUGAGUGUUCUAGAAAUCCAUAAUCUACUCAGUAAGGGCAUUGAUUCUUGAGCACAUGGAUUUUGAUGGAAAAGGGACCUGAUAUCCCUUUAGCUGUGCAUCUGUCUCUGUUCUCCUUCCUUCUAUUUUCUAUUCUCUCUCUCACACACACUCACGCGGAGACACACAUAUACAUACACGCAUACGUAUACCUAUAUAUAUGGCUGCAAAGAAUGCAAGACGGUUUGAAACAAAAAAAAAACGCACCUUUGAACGGUGAUCGCUGCCCCUCUCUUCGGUAAUCUUAACAGGUUUGGUGUGUGAGUUAUAUGCACAAUAUCAGGUUGCAAUAUUAUACUUCUGUACAGAGAAAUCUUUGUUUUUAAAUGUUAGAAACUGAUUUCAUUUGUUUGAUUUGAAUGGUAUUAAGUAUUGAAUUCA